AUGGAUUGCCACGUCUGCUUCUCUGCAAUCGCAGCAGUGGAGCAAACCAUUAGUGAAUGGUACCGAAAUGAGAAGAUAUUUGCAAAAGACAACAGGGAAGCGUGCUUUGUUGUCCAUCUGGAGAGGAUCCCCCUGUUCCACAUCGCCACAACUGUUGGACCCUGCAUCAUCCUGGUUGUACUGAUGAUCAUCACAUUCGUCAUGCCACUGGACAGGGGAGACCGGAUCUCGUUCGCUACGCUGAUCAUCGUGUACAUGGCCCUGAUGGGACUGUUUAUCUUCUUCACUAUGGCCGUCAUCGUUAUUCACGACCGGAAGGGCAGCCUGCCUCCGACGGCGAAGAUUAUUUUUCUCCGACACAUUUCAAGGAUACUGCUGUUGGGUGAUCUAACAGAAGAGAGGCACCCACGUGAUGGUGAGGAUGGCCCGACUUGCUUUCCUGCCAUAGAGUUGACCAACUGCGCCUUUCAAAGCGGUGACAAGGUGGAAGUCAGCGACGAGAUAUCCUAUGAUGACAACGACACAACCAGGCAACCAUCAUCACCUCUUGCAGGCCUGGAGGCCACCAGUUACUCCGUGCUUCUUAAGCUUAUUUCUAAUUUUAAAGGGGUGAAAAACGACAUCAAAGAACUCGCUAAAGCGGUUGACAACAAGAGAGAGGUGUUGAUGAAAUUGAUGAAAAAUGAGGAGGGGGUGUCCGAGUACAUCCUGUUGGCUAAAGUCCUGGAUAGGCUCUGUCUUGUUCUGUACAUCAUCAGCAUCGUGGCAGCCGUACCCAUGACUAUGUAUAUAGGCACGUAA